CGACAGUGGCACUCACAGCGGAACGACCUUCCGUAGCUCCCUCUCAUCUAGUUAACAGCCUCUUCGCUCCUCUUUUAAAAAUUUCUUCUGCCUUCCUUAUCGCUUCCUUUCCCCCCACUCCCACCACGCUCGCUCCCCGUGUCCGCUAGCACAGAGGUCAAACAAAAAAGAUGUUUCAGCUGGAGCAGAGGGAGGCUGCAGCCAUUGCCAGGAGACGUCAGCUCGAGUUGGAGAGACGGAGUCGCAUUUUUAACCCGAAGGUUCGCACCAUCGGGGUCGACCUGGAUGGCCUCAACGAGCAGGUGGAGCAGAGGAGGUUUCGCGAGCAGCAGGAGAAGACGCGGGAGGAGGCCUUUGCGGACGCAGCGAUCCGGCACGACCGCAUCGCGAUCCUCCUGGACGAGAGGCAACGCGAGGAGUCCCGCGCCCUCGAUCGCUCCCUCGCCCAAUACUGGGCCCGCUGCCAGAGCGCCAGCGACAGGUCCCAGCCGCCGGCGGACGUCGUCGCGGACGAGGGAGCGGUGUCGGGGCUGCGCUCCUUCGCGGGCGAGGACCUGGAGGGCGGAGAGCGGCGCGGUCUGCAGAAGGAGCAGCAGAGGAGGUGGCUGCUGGAGCAGCAGGAGGAGAAGCGGCGAGCGCAGGACGAACGGAGGAACAGAGAUGAGCUGUACGAUGCGAUGCGCCUGGAGAUGGACCGGCGAGCCAUGCAGCUGUCUCUCGCCGAGGAGUCGUGCCGCCGCGUGAUCCUUACCGCCACCAAGGACUUCAACCGUGCGCAGGCGGAGGAGCAAGAGGCGAAACGGCGCCAGGAGCACGAGCGGGAGGAGGCGGCGUCGCAAGCGGAGAUCGCCGCGCUGCUGGAGGGCGGCCUGCUCACCGAGGACCCCUCGCAGGCGUCCAGCGCCCUCAGCCCGCUGCGCGUCGUACCCGACCGCUGGAAGGGCAUGAGCGGCGAGCAGCUGCACGAGAUCCGCCUCGCCCAGGAGCGCCAGCGCGAGGAGAAGAAGAGGCUGGAGGAGGAGAAGCGCCGGCGAGAUGAGGAGUGGGAGCGUCAGAGCCUGCAGGCGGCACGCAUUGGGACGCUCUUGGAGCAGGAGCAGCAGCGCAGCGCCAAGGAGCAGCGCCGAGCCCUGGACAGCACCAACAUGCAGCUGGCCAGCGAGCAGAACAUGCACCGAGAAUUCUUGGAGAAGGAAGUCUACAAGAACACUCCGACGGAGCAAUUCUUCGCCCAGUUCAACACGUCCAGCCGUUGAGAGGUGGCGCUGACGGAGGUCACUCGACGGAGAAGACACGCUCUGUCAUAUUAUUAUUCUUUUCGAUUUAAAGCUUUCGUGACUGCAGGGAUUCAUCUUCUUGGUUCUUUCGGUAAAGUCACGUAGAAGGGAAGUAAUAAAAUAAUAAAAAUAAAACAUAAUAAAAUAAUUCUCACGACGUUUCGGCCACAACGCAAGCAGCCGUCCUCAGGUGAAACCAGGUCUGUCGAGGCGACAGCGUCUGAAUGAAACAGCACACGUGCUUGGAGCAUAUAUAUAAGCUGGGUUGGAAGGGGGGGGGGAAGGGCGCCUUGAGGAAUUUAGCAUAUUUAUGGGAAAUGCAGGUAUGUGAUUAGUACUACUUAUGUGCGUGCAUUAUGCAGGAUUAGCAGCAUCCAAGGGAGGGGAUAUGGGAAAUGCAGGUAUGUGAUUAGUACUACUUAUGCCCGUGCAUUAUGCAGGAUUAGCAUUUUAUAAUGUUUUAUUUUUAUUAUUUUAUUACUUCCCUUCUACGUGACUUUACAGAAAGAACCAAGAAGAUUAUUGUUCUUCUUCUCAUAAUUAAGCACGUAUCGUAUUGAUCACAAAGGCUUCCCAUAAACCAGCUACGGUAGAGCUCGGGGCCAAUGACCCUGCAUGAAUGAGUGUUCAAUAAAUCACGAUUGUGGUAGAGGUACAGCUGGUGAUGAUACAAGUUGCUGUAUUCACGGCAGUGAUCUAGUAAACGACAUUGCUCAGGGGAUGUGGAAAUCGGUCAGGUGGGGCCCCAAUAUUUGAUUUGUCUCGCACGGUCGCACCCUAGAGGGUAUUAUAAUGCGCGUCACCUCUUGCCGAAUCACAUCAUCGUGACGCUCAACGGUCUAAAACAUUAAACACUGUAAGGGGCGCUCCGUGUUAACAAAAUGCAGCCACUCCAGCUCCGUAGUAGUAGCACCUCUUUGCUAUGUAAUUGACACGUAUCUGAUGCAAUAUCCCAGAAACGGAGUUCUAUAUGAAGUAUAUUUUCACUAAAAACAAAAAAAAGUUAUCCAUUAGAAGUUGUUUUGGGGUUAGAUCGCGUAAAUAUAUAAAAUAGUCGUUAAACCCGCGUGGAACGCGCGCACACGAGGCCCGUUAAUUAAUAUUGAAUCGGCUCUAUUUACGCAGCGUGUCACGUGGGACGUGUUUAACAACCAUCGGGUUUGUGCAGCGUACAACGAGUUGAUUUGAAUGUUAGUACGUUUGUGAAUGCGGAAGGACGUAAGCGUGGUGGUGGGGGAGGUGGCAGUGACUGGAGUUUGGGAAACUGGUUUAAUUAAAUCCUUUAUAUUAAGUUCACUUGCUUGCUUGCUUAGGACUGCAAAUCUUUCGGUCGUUUUUUAAUCCACUUCCCGUGAUCCAAUCGAGCUGACAUUUUGCACACAGACUCGUUGUGCGUGACAAUUAAUGUUCGUGAAUUUUUUUUCCUAAAUAUUACACUUUUUAGGACAAAAAUAUUAUGUUUAAUUACCAAUUGCUUAAUGCUGCCAUGCAAUCAUCUGACCCAUAGGUGGCAGCCAUCUCAAGCCAGAGGACGAGAGGACUCUAGCCGCCACGCAUAUAAAGGAUUUAUAGUGAAAAACUUUGUUUUUACGGGUUAUACUUGUUUCUACCGAAUUUCAAUCAAGUCUUAUGCCGUGGGUGUGUGUGUUGCCUGGUGUGUGUUCUGCAAUCACGUCUACAGGGGGCUCGUACUAACCUACAGGUGUAAUCAUUGAGCAACGUAUACCUCGAUCAGUAAUAACAAUAAUAAACAGCAUUCGCAAAA